ACACUACAAUGAUCGGUCGUAUAUGGAGUACUGUGCCUAAGACCGCCAGUGUCAGACCUCUAGUCUUCUCGCGCGGAGUAGCGCAAAUCAUAUCCAUUCAUGCCGUUCCAUCUGUGAAAACCAACGUCCCUACACUCAAGCAUUCCUUGGAAGAAUCCAACUUGAGAAAGAACUUGUUAUCGAGACCAGGAUUGUUGGGUAUCAAGAGAGGUAUGAUCACCUGGUUUACCGAACAAGGCGAACAAUACGCUGCAACCGUCAUUGAAAUAGACGCCUGUGAAGUUAUCAACCACAAGACCAUUGAAACUGAUGGCUACAACUCAGUGGUGUUGGGACAAAUCGACAAAUUAAAGAACAUCAGCGAGAAGAACUUGAAGCAAUUCCAAAUUGCUGGAGUUUCUCCAAAGCAAAACAUCGGUGAGUUUAGAAUCAGAGACCAAACUGGGUUGAUUCCAAUUGGAACUGAAUUAAAAGCUGACUACUUCGCUGUUGGCCAGCUCGUGGAUAUCAAGGGAGUCACCAAGGGUAAGGGUUUCGCUGGUGUUAUGAAAAGACAUGGAUUUGCUGGUUUGAACGCAUCCCACGGUGUUUCCAAAGCUCAUAGAUCUGCCGGUGGUAUGGGUGGUAAUCAAGACCCAGGAAGAGUUCUUCCAGGAAAAAAGAUGGCAGGUAGAAUGGGUGGUAACAACUGCACUGUUUUGAACUCCCAAGUUUUGCAUGCUGAUCCUGAGGCCGGGAUCUUGGUCAUCAAGGGUCAAAUUCCUGGCCCCAACAAGAGUUUCGUGAAGAUCAUGGAUUCUAGAAAGUUGUACGGCAAGUCCCUCAAUAAGAUCAGACAAGAAGAAGGUGUUUAAGUUCAUGUAUAUAGGCUAGAACUAGCAACAGGCGCAAAGUAAAAUAUUUUGGAUCAAAAUGUAGAAAAGCAGUAAGAAGUACGAUUUGAACUCAUGUUGCUAAUGUCUGGAGUGACAUAUUUAUUAUGGUAAAUAAGUAAAUAACUGAGUCUGGUGUAACCAGUAAUAAAUGUC